GCGAGACGCCUGGAAAAAAAAAGGAGGGGGGGGGGUGAGCUCGUUGAGGCGGCGCAAACGAGCCCUCGCGCGCCUUGCCUUGCGUGCGUUUGCUUGCGCGGCAGAGCAACACUCGGAGGAAGGCAGGCAGGCGGUUGGGCCGCGCGCGGAAGAAGGGUUAUCUUCCUCGAGGGACUGCGCUUCACGCGCUCACGCCGCCGCCGGGCGUGUUGUUACCUGCUCGCCUCAGAAAGCGCUGUUGAAGGAGGGAGGCAGAGGGCGAAGCUGAGGGGACCAGGGAAGCGGGCUCGCCGAGGAGGAGGAGGCCCCGAGAGGAGAAGCGAGGCAGGCAGGCGGAGGGCUUUGUCCCGGACGAAGGGUUGCCUUUUGCGUGGUCCGGCCAUGCGCUGCCCGCCUCUCCCUCCUCGUCCUCUCUUGGCCGCGCUGGCCUGGGGCUUGCUGAGCGCGGCUGGGCCCAGCGGGGGCGCCUCCUCGGGCCCGUGCCCGGCGCCCUGCACUUGCGACGGGGACGGCGGGACGGACUGCUCCGGGAGAGGCCUCGCCGCCCUGCCCCACGGCCUCAGCGCCUUCACCCACUCCCUAGAUAUCAGUAUGAACAAUAUAACAAGAUUACCUGAGGAUGCAUUCAAGAAUUUCCCUUAUCUUGAAGAGCUACGACUGGCUGGCAAUGACCUUGCUUUUAUUCAUCCCAAGGCCUUGUCUGGGUUGAAGGAACUCAGAGUUCUCACUCUGCAGAACAAUCAGUUGAAAACCGUUCCUAAUGGGGCUAUCAGAGGACUCAGCGGGCUGCAAUCCUUGCGUUUAGAUGCUAAUCACAUUACUGCAGUGCCAGAAGAUAGUUUUGAGGGCCUGGUUCAACUGCGUCACCUGUGGCUGGAUGAUAACAACUUGACUGAAGUCCCUGUUAUUCCACUCAGCAAUCUUCCCUCCCUACAAGCCUUAACCUUGGCACUCAACAAAAUAACUGACAUCCCUGACUUUGCAUUUACAAAUCUCUCAAGCCUUGUUGUUCUGCAUCUCCAUAACAAUAAAAUAAAAACAUUGGGACAUCACUGUUUUGAUGGAUUAAACAAUCUAGAAACUUUGGAUUUAAAUUAUAACAACAUGGUUGAAUUCCCUGAAGCAAUUAAAACACUUCCAAGUCUGAAGGAAUUGGGAUUUCACAGUAAUUCCAUUUCCAUGAUUCCUGAUAGUGCAUUUAUAGGGAAUCCACUUCUAAGAACUAUACACUUGUAUGAUAACCCAUUAUCCUUUGUUGGGAACUCGGCUUUCCAAAACUUGUCAGAUUUGCAUUCCCUAGUCAUCCGUGGAGCCAGCAUGGUACAAUCAUUUCCUAACUUGACAGAAACUAGCAAUCUGGAGAGUCUGACUUUUACGGGCACUAAAAUAAGCACUAUUCCUGUUGAUUUGUGUCAAGAGCAAAAGAUACUUCGAACUUUGGAUUUGUCCUAUAACAAUAUAAAACAAAUUCCAAGUUUUAAAGGCUGCAGUUCCCUGGAAGAAAUAUAUUUACAGCAUAAUCAGAUAGAGGAAAUCAGAGAAGAUACUUUCCAGGGACUAGCAUCUCUACGUACCCUUGAUCUCAGCAGAAAUUUGAUCCACCAGAUUCAUAAGGAAGCUUUUACUACACUUGGUGCUAUUACCAACCUGGAUUUAAGUUUCAAUGCAUUGACUUCUUUUCCAACUGGAAGCUUGAGUGGGCUAAACCAGCUUAAACUAGUAGGCAAUACUGAACUGAAAGAGGCACUCUCUGCAAAGGAUUUCAUGAAACUCAGAUCCUUAUCCGUUCCAUAUGCUUAUCAGUGCUGUGCCUUCUGGUCUUGUGACUCUUACCUAAACUCUAACACUGAAGAUUCCAGCCAUCAGAGUCAGAGUCAAUCAGUUUCAAAUGACCAAGGCACAUCAGAUACAGAUGCUCUAAAUGGUGAUGAAAAUGAAGAACUUGGACAAACCAUAAUUCACUGUACACCCACAACAGGUGCUUUCAAACCCUGUGAAUACUUACUUGGAAGCUGGAUGAUUCGUCUUACCGUCUGGUUUAUUUUUCUGGUUGCUUUGUUCUUCAACAUGCUUGUCAUAUUAACCAUAUUUGCUUCUUGUACUUCACUGCCUUCAUGCAAACUGUUUAUAGGCUUGAUUUCUGUAUCUAAUUUACUUAUGGGGAUCUACACCGGUAUAUUAACUUUCCUGGAUGCAGUCUCCUGGGGGAGGUUUGCAGAAUAUGGUAUCUGGUGGGAGACAGGCAGUGGUUGUAAAGGUGCUGGAUUUCUGGCUAUCUUCUCUUCAGAAAGUGCCAUUUUGUUUCUAAUGCUAGCUGCUAUUGAGCGGAGCUUAUCUGCAAAAGUGAUUCUUAAAAAAGGUAAAAGCAAUCAUCAAAAGCAAUUUAGAAUUGCAGCCACUCUUGCUUUCCUCUGUGCAUUGGUAGCAGGGUGUUUGCCACUUUUCCAUAAGGGAGAGUAUUCUGCAUCACCCCUUUGCCUACCCUUUCCCACUGGGGAAACACCUUCCUUGGGCUUUACAGUGACUUUAGUGCUCCUAAACUCCUUAGCCUUUUUGCUAAUGGCUAUUAUUUAUACCAAACUUUACUGCAACUUGGAAAAAGAAGACUUGUCUGAGAACACACAAGCCAGCAUGAUUAAACAUGUUGCUUGGCUAAUCUUCACCAACUGCAUAUUCUUUUGCCCUGUGGCAUUUUUCUCCUUUGCACCACUCAUCACUGCAAUCUCUAUUAGCCCUGAGAUCAUGAAAUCCGUCACUCUGAUCUUUUUCCCAUUGCCCGCUUGUUUGAAUCCAGUCUUGUAUGUGUUCUUCAACCCUAAAUUCAAGGAAGAUUGGAAGUUGCUAAUAUGGCACAUCACCAAGAAGAAUGGUACCGGAACAGUUGCUGUCAAUACUCAAGGUGGCUGUGGGACACAGGAUUUCUAUUACGAUUGUGGCAUGUACACGCAUCUGCAGGGCAACCUUACCAUGUGUGAGUGCUGUGAGUCAUUGCUUAUAUCAAAGCCUGUACCAUGUAAACACUUAAUAAAAUCUCACAGUUGUCCUGCGCUGACAGUAGUCCCUUGUCAAAGGCCAGAUGGCUAUUGGUCAGAUUGUGGUACCCAGUCUGCCCAUUCGGAUUAUGCUGAUGAAGAGGACUCUUUUGUCUCUGACAGUUCAGAUCAAGUACAGGCUUGUGGGCGUGCCUGUUUUUAUCAAACCAGAGGUUUUCCAUUGGUUCGUUAUGCCUACAACAUCCCAAGGAUUAAAGACUGAAAGACUUCACUACAUACCAUGUGCUAAAAAGGACAUGAUCGUUCCUAUAGACAUUAGCUUUUUUUCAACUUUCUUUUUUACCUAGAAGCACUUUUUAAAAAUCAUUGUUUGAUGCUAGAUAUAAAAAAGGGAUAUAAGCAGUAAAUGUGUUGAGCUAUCAUUUAAAAUAAGAGCUGUUGCUCUUAGUGUAAAUAAUUGGAAAACCAAAAUUUAUAUAAUCAUUUUAACUUCCCUUUUCCCUUGGCAACCAGUUAUAUAUUAUGUUUAUGUUCUUACAAUAUUCUUUCAGAUGAGUAUGCAGUUGUAACUUACUGCUUCUGUUGUAAUGUGAAAUCUGACACGUUUUACGAUCAAACAAAAUACAACAAAGCUGUAAAUGAGGGGAGGGGAAAUAAUUGUUGCUAACUUUUGUAUAGCAUUUCUGACUCAAUCUCAGGACAAUUCACUGCAGGGCCAAAAUCUGGCAGUAUUCUUCCCAUGUGCAACUGUUAGACAAAUACAGACAAAACAUAUCUUUAUACAAUCAAUGGCUUAACUGAUCUGGAAUAUGGUUUUACUUCAAUAUGUUGUACAGAAUUUACAGAAUUAUUAUUAUAGAAAAUUCCAGCUCUCAUGAUGAAUUCUGGAUACAAUAUGCUCUAUCUUUAGAAUUCUAGCGAUUAACAAGUUGGGGAUUUCUCUUAUUAGCCAAGUAUCAAAACAUGUUUGCUAAACUCAUGUGUUACUCUGUGGGCUCAGUUUGCUUUUUCUCCUGAUCUCCAAAUCUGUGUUUGGUUUCUGCCAUUAUGGUGAUUUCCCCAACCUCCACUGUGCAUAUGGAGCAGCCUACAAAUGGGAGCAUGUCGUUACCUGCAGAAUGAGGAAAAUAUAGAGGGCAUGGAUCCCCAGAGCAUUUUAACCUAGAGGAGGACAGGCUACGCCCGGGUCACCAAGAUGGAACUGCACAUGUGUGAUGGAAGGCCUGUGAAUAUUUGAGUUAUGCUAUGAGUCUUGGGAUAAUAAAAUGGGCCAUAGAAAUCUACACUGUGUAACAUCAUAAACAGCUGUCAUGGGGAAAAUGUUAUUUAGCAAUGGAAAUACAUUGAAUAUACUCUUGUAUAAGUCAACCUCAUGUAUAAGCCAAGGGUAGGUUUGGUGACCAAAGUUAGAUUUUUCUAUGACCCAUAGAGAGCAAAUACUACGAAUAUGUAACAAACAGUCAUUUCCCUCUUUUUUCAAAAAUGCAUAUAGGCAACAUACCUAAGAGAUAGAGGAGGAGAAGAUUUUGUUUAUUUGAGGGGACACAAUGGGGAAUAAUGGUAAAAUGCAUUGCUGAUCUGAAAAUGUUUACAUCUAUACAAAUAUGGGUAAGAAACAGAAUAUUAAUGAGGAAAAGACUAAAAAUGCAGCUUGAAAAAGGGAACGGGGUGGGAAGAUGAAAAGGGAAAGGUAAGCAAUCUGACUCUAUUAAGAACAAGAGGCAGAAGCGAGAAGCUCCCAUUCCAUUACCUUUACCCAAACUGAAGAAAAAACGGCAGUCUUCCCUACCUUCUUUUUCAGCCUGAGCACAGUGGCAAGUGGCAGAGGCAUUUUGGAUUCUUGAAUAGGGGUUGCCCCUAUUAAAAAUAGUGACCACAGUCUAUCUGCAUAGAAGGUUGUGCAGAAAGCCCCUACUAAAAAUGGCCAUACUAUGCUCCACCUUGGGUGCCCCAAAUGGCUCUUCUACAUUGCUACCGAACUCUGCUGAGGCCGAAGUGAGGUAGGAGAAAAGGCCUAUUAUACCGAGUGCAAAGUACUAUGUACUGCAAUUAUAAUUCAAAUUAUGCAUAUACUCAUGUAUAAAUCUUUCUUUGUCUGGUUUGGGCCCAUUAUAGGGCUAGAAACGUUUCACCUCUGCCUUUUCUCACUGCCUUCAUGCUGGGACCCUAUUUUUUCUGCAAAAAAUAGAUUUAUACAUGAGUAUAUGUGUAAUUUGAAUUGCAACUGCAGCACAUAGUACUUUGCACUCAGUAUAAUAGGCCUCAACAUAGCAUUUACAGUAGAGUCUCACUUAUCCAAUCUUCACUUAUCCAACAUUCUGUAUUAUCCAAUGCAGUCUGCCUUUUAGUAGUGUUUAUGUAGUCAAUGUUUUCAACAUAUCAUGAUAUUUUGGUGCUAAAUUCGUAAAUACAGUAAUUACUACAUAACAUUACCAUGUAUUGAACUGCUUUUUCUAUCAAUUUGUAGUAAAACAUGACGUUUUGGUUCUUAAUUUGUAAAAUCAUAAUGUAAUUUGGUGUUUAAUAGGCUUUUCCUUAAUCCCUCCUUAUUCAACAUUUUCUCUUAUCCAAUGUUCUGCUGGUCUAUUUAUGUUGGAUAAGUGAGACUCUACUGUAUUUGGAAUAAAAAUUAUUGGGACCCUCCUAAACUUAGAAGUGAAACAUGUAAGCUGCCCUCCCACAUAGAAACAUGUUUUGCUGCUACAUUACAGUAGUGUGUAAAUGGGCUUCAAUUAAAAUCAAAGGUUGGGAUAAAGUUAAUUCUUGCAUUUUAAGGUCCUGCUCGAUUCAUAUUUACUAAGUCUGAUCCUUGUUCUCCUUAGUUUGAAGUUUGUGCAGCAUAAAAUGUUGAAUUCAUGAUCAAACUAAAUCAUAGCAUUUUCAAAACAAAUGCUAACAUUUUUUUGAAGUUCCACUGCCAUACCAGAAAUUCUGGCUCAAUUUUUGCAAAAUGAUUUAAUCUAGCUUGCUUUUAGGAAAACUAAAUUGUAUAUAGUGUGUAUAAAAAGAUUUUUUCCCUCUGUAUUGUAAAUUAUUGGAUAAAAUACAUGACAGGAAAUGUGGCUUCAGUGCAUUUUGUUAAUUAAAGCUACCUCCUGAAAUAGAGCAGCUGCCAGUAGCAGAAUGUUUAAAUUGUGGUUUAUAUAUUUUUGGCAAUGUAAAUAAACAUUGGUUGUACAUUGUUGUUAUAAUAAAACCAGAAACUUUGUAUAUCAAAAAUUAUUUAGCUUGUACAAAAUAUGGGAUGCUAUCAUUCUUGUAUACUGUAAUUUUUAUAAGCCUGAAUCAUUCAUAGUAAAAUCUACAGAAACUGAGAACAA